CACACCCAAUUCAUUCAUCACUAAUCACAAUCUCGAUUUCGCAAAACCCUAGCUUAUCUGCGGCGGUCGCGAAGAUGCAGAUCUUCGUGAAAACCCUAACGGGGAAGACGAUCACCCUGGAGGUGGAGUCGUCCGACACCAUCGACAACGUCAAGGCCAAGAUCCAGGACAAGGAAGGCAUCCCGCCGGACCAGCAGCGCCUCAUCUUCGCCGGCAAGCAGCUCGAAGAUGGCCGCACCCUCGCCGACUACAACAUCCAGAAGGAGUCGACGCUCCACCUCGUCCUCCGCCUCCGUGGUGGCGCUAAGAAGCGCAAGAAGAAGACCUACACCAAACCGAAGAAGAUCAAGCACAAGCACAAGAAGGUGAAGCUCGCCGUGCUUCAGUUCUACAAGGUCGACGACUCCGGCAAGGUGCAGCGCCUCAGGAAGGAGUGCCCCAACGCCGAGUGCGGUGCUGGAACCUUCAUGGCCAAUCAUUUUGACCGCCAUUACUGCGGUAAGUGCGGCCUUACCUAUGUCUACAAUAAGGCCGGCGGCGAUUGAUUUUGAGAUUCGAUUAUUUUACUUUCCUAUGAUAAUAGACCCGAAAUUUUAUUAAUGCUAAGACCUUAAUCUUAUCACA